AUGUGGGCGCUGUCGCCUGGCCUCCGCUCCCUCCGCAUUCUCUGCUUCGGCGACUCCCUGACCUGGGGCUACCACUCCUCUCCGCCGCCCCUCGACGGCAGCCCCAGCCACCCCUACAGCCACGCCCUCGCCGCCGUCCUGUCGCGCGCCUUUCCCGCCCUGCACAUCGAGGCGCAUGUCGACGGCCUGCCAGGCGACGUGGUCAGCCUCCCCGGCAGCCGCUUCCUGCCCCGCAUCGAGCCCAAGUUCCUGACCAAGGGCGGCGGCACGCCGUACGACUGGACCAUCGUGCUCGGCGGGACCAACGACCUUGCGCUGCAGAUGCCGCCCGAGGACAUCUUUGCGGGUCUGCGGAGCGUGUGGGCUGUGCCGCUGAGCAAGGGCGGGCGCGUGCUGGCCUGUACUGUGCCGGAGGCGGGCGGGGACUCGACGGCGGCGGGGGCGGGGGGGACCAAGGCGGCUAGGAGGAAGGCGGCGCUGAAUGAUUUGAUCAAGGGCCACAGGCAGGAGAACUUCCACGUCUUUGAUCUCAAUGCCGCGAUACCAUAUCGGAACAUGUGCGAGGAGGAGCGCGAGAGGUACUGGGACGACGAGAUCCACCUGACCCCGGACGGGUAUGACCUGAUGGGUGAGAAGAUUGCCGCUCACCUGGUCAACCUUAUCAUGCCGCCCGGCCGGCUGCAGUCCAACGGCGAGAGGGCACCCAAGAAGAGGAGACUAUUUAGAGACGAUAAUAAGAAUUUUGAAGAGGAGGAGGGCGACGACUCGCUUCUGGACCAGGGUUACUAUGUUGUUCGUCGGAAGGACCUAGAAUAG